AUGCAGCGAUUGUCAGUCUUGCUCAGACCGCUUCUGCGGGCUACGGCGCCUGCUGGGAAGCCUGCGAUCUCCCGCUUCCAAGCAAGGCACUUCGGCACCUCGCCCUCAUACUUCGCUGCCGAUCAUCGACGAGGUGCAGGAAAGCUGCAGAUUGUGACCAUCGACGACAAGCUUGCACAAUUUCCCCUUGAUGAGAAGAUCGAUACCCACCAAGUUCGCGUCAAGACUCCUGACGGCAAAAUCUCCUCGCCGGUCGACCUGCGCCGAGUCCUGAAUUCACUCGACCGCACGACGAGUCAUGUGCUGCAACUCAGCAAACCUGGCGAGCAUGAUCUUGCCAUCGUGCAAGUGGUUCAGCGUUCAGAUCUGAUCAAACAGAUCAAGGACAAGGAGGCCGCGCAACGACGUGUCCAGCAUGCGCAGAAAGAGAAGCGACCCAAACAAAUCGAGGUCAAUUGGGCCAUUAGCAACAACGACCUGCAACUCAAGCUGAAGCAGAUGGAGGAUUUUCUGCGGAAGGGCAAGAAGGUCGAAAUACUGCUCGCUUCCAAGAGGCGCCAGAGGAAAGCCUCCACGGAAGAGGCAGAGACCCUGUUGAAGACUCUGAAGGAGAAGAUCCAGGAAGUCGGUGCUGUGGAGAUUGCUCCGAUGGAGGGAGCACUUCUCAGACAAGCCACAAUGUCGGUGAAAAUGCCCUGA